UUUGCUUUGAAUUCCCUGUUCCAAGAAGAGCGCAAUCCCCCGCUCUCAACCGGUAUCGCGUAAUCUUGGGCCUCGCCCUUUUUUCUCCUCAGCUCCUGCAGAUGGGAUUCGUUUGAUUUUCCUAGUCGGUCGGUUGAUCCAUGAGGGGCCGCGAGGCGCAGCAAGCUGGCAGCGAAACCACCAAGACAGUUGGUCGACUGGGCACAAUGGAAAACGGCAAUGAAAUGGGCGGUGACAAGAUGGGAGAAGCUGAAAAAGGAGCGAGCAAGAUAACAAACGUUGCUAACCCCCCGGGAAGAAUUCUCCAUGUAUGCACGCAUGCACGUCCGCACGCGCAUAUGCAAUGACGCUCCCGCUCCCCCCCUCGUCGUCAAACGUUGAGACCCCCAUGCCUCCGCCAAGCAACCCCGUCGCCAAUUUCCUCGGUACGCGCGGGAACCAUAUAAACAAGCAUUCAUGUA